CACACACAGCCCCACAAAAAACCCAGAGAAUUAUUUACUGCAGUGUAAAUAAACAAGGCGUCCCCGCCUUAUUGUUUUUGGGUUCGGAUACUUAACAACAAAAUGCUCGCUCGGCCGCAGAAAUGCCCGAUGUGAAAAUCGAAUGGCCAUUUCGCUCCUCAUUCGAUCCAUGAUCGCUGAUCGGGCGCGAUCUCCAUUCCAAUUGUAAAGUUUUUUUUCUCCAAAUUCCGAUCAUUUAAUUUGCAGUUUCAAAUAGUUCGAUCGAUCGUAUCGCGGCCCAUUUAACCGAACUAGACCGUAAGCCAUUUGGGUUCGUCGUAAAUUUUUCGAUGGCCGCGACCGUACCGAUUUCGCAGGCCCCAAAACGCCAGCCGGAACCCAAAUUCCCGGCAGCAAUGCGGCGAGGAUCGGGAACGGUGAACUCCAACCCGGCAGUGCCCAAAUCGCCGGAUGCACUCACCUCGCUGGUGGCCAGAAAGAGUAUUACGUCCAUGUCGGAGGAGGAGAUCAUCCAGGAGAACCUCAAUGAGAUCCUUGACCUCAAAUCGCGCGAGGAGCGAAAAGCCAACGGACGCCUGGUGGCUGUCAUCGUUUGUUUUCUGGUUCUCUUCCUUGCCGUUUACCACGCCUGCGUUCGAAAGUCGGAGAACUCGCUGGCCGGCGUCCUCGUUCCCGCUGGCAUCAUGCUCUCCUACGGCGCCUGGGUGGCCGUCCUGGCCAAAAGGGACAAGCACCGGCGGGCCAUGUUUGAGCGGCACAUCGAGGAGGUCACCUUGAAGAACAAGAUCGAACUGGAGGAGAAGCACGCCCGUCAUGCGAAGCAUUCUCAGUCGCACUCGAAUCUUGGACACUCUGGCACGGACUCGACGGGCAGUGCCUCCAGCACCCUGCACUAUGUAAACGAACUGCUUCCGAAUGGGGAGCACCGCAAGAAGCAGCGACGCCAUCGCCACAAGGAGCGUCCUGGCGAUCGCGAGGAUCACCAUAAUCGACAAUCCCUGGAAGUGGGAGUGCAUCGUGGAGCACCGAAGCGGCCCAGUUUUCGGCAGAAGCUCUUCGGCCAGACCAUUGCCCAUGUGAAGUUGGUCGAGGCUCAGAGUGAUAGCACAGAUUCCGCUGGCGGAACAGGCACGGGUUCAAAUCCAGUUCGUAGUUCGGGUGCGAGUUCAAAUCCAAUUCGUAGUACGGGUGCGGGUUCAAGUCCAGUUCGCAGUACGGGUGCGAAUUCAAAUCAAAGUCGAAGUACUGCUGCGAAACCCGCAUCCACCGGAGGUGACUCCUCCAAUGCCGGCGAGAGACGCCAGAGACUCCAGCGCCUAGACACGCUGCCUCUGCCGCAGGUGGUGCGAGUCGGCUCGGUGCCAUGAUGAUAUUUAGGCUAGAAUUUUUUUUUUUGUUCUUUGGGGUCGAAGGGAAGGGGCUGGCCUCGCUACUGUAUCGCGUAAAUAAAUGUAUUAUAAAAAAUAUAAACAGGAAGUUCGCCUUUAUAAAUAGACGGCAAUCAAAGGAAGGAAACGAUCCGAUCUCCGCAUCGAAAUCAAUGCAGAAUACGUGAGAAUUGUAUUGUGCAAACAGUUGCGCCCAUCUGGCAAUCUUUUCACAUUAAUAAUUGGCUAGUGGAAAUCAAAGCAUCGUUAUUAUUUCUUGCAUUAAAAAAGGAAAUUAUUUAUUUGAAUACUUUUUUAUAUUUUUAUAAAGCUGAAGUAUUCUACAAAUUAAGUAAUAUUUGAUUAGCAACUUAGUGGCCAGCUAACAUCGGUUUUACUCCAUCCUCCCCUAAAAACAUCUCUUUUUUAAUCACUUUAUUGUACAUCUUUUUCCUCGCUGUAUUUUGUUUAAAUCACCUUCAAAAUAUAAUGUAAAUACAAUGCA